CGUCAUCAGUUCGUCGUUGCGAUAAACCUGAUGCGUAGAUGAGCUACUACAUAGGCGCCUCGCCUGGUCAUCGGCGAACGGGCCUGCGAGCAAGUUUGAACACAACGCGAGGCAAAGCAGGCGCUGCUGCUUUUGUUCUAGGCUCGAUCUGGUGCACCCUCGUCCUACAGGCUCAGCACCUGCUCGACAGAGAGCGCUCCCCCCUUCGACCUGAUUUCGGCACUCAAGCGAGGGCUAGUGUUGGCAACCUCACGCUAGCGAGUGACUUCUCGACUGCGAAUGCCACCGAAGAUGCCCCGCUAACAGGAGAUCUGUCCAGCAUCCUCAAGCAUCUCGACAGCUGGGAUCCUCUGAGACCCAACUCGCUGCCCAUCACCUCCAUCGAAGUCCGAUCGUGCUAUUUCUCGCCCGAGCUCUACGAUGCCUGUCAGCCAGAAGCGACGCCGAGAGAUGAGCAGAUCUAUGGCAAGUGGGUACGAGUCAAUAAGGAUGUUAACAUCCGACGAGGCGUGUGGUACACGUAUGUGUACUAUCGCCGGCAGCAUCCCUUCAUGUCACAUCCUACCGUUCGAGAGAUGCAGCUCGUCCAGCAGGACCAUGCAGACGAGAUCACUCUGGCAAGUCAAGGCUGGACGAUGGCCCAAGGCAAUCUGCGCUCGGGCGUCUGGCCGCAGCAGAAGGGCCUCAGAAUCUGGUACUUACUCAAGCCGUACCAUAGCGACCUUAGUGACCCGCCAAUCACCGAGAUCGAUGUCCUCUACGGCGAGACCGCCAAUUCUACCUUGCCGGGCUUCACAAAGCUGUCGUCACGCAUCACAGAAUAUGAAGGUGCCAAACGCUCGGGCGUCGACCUUGUUUUCCGCAAGGGUAUCAGCACCUUACCCCGUAAACCAGACCUGACGUUCACGAGCGAUGGCAAGUUCAGAAUCAUGCAGAUUGCCGACUUGCACUUUUCGGUCGACCGAGGCACAUGUAGAGAUGUCAAUACAAAUGCGACGUGCGACGCGCGAGGCGCAGACCGGUUCACGCUGGACUGGUUGCACGAUGCAAUAGAUACAGAGCAGCCUGACCUCGUCGUCCUGUCAGGUGAUCAGCUCAACGGACAAUCGACAAGCUACGACGCCCUGAGCGUCAUAUUGAAAGUUGCAAACCUCUUUGCGCACCGCACGAUACCUUGGACUGUCGUCUUUGGCAAUCAUGACAGCGAAGCGACUGAUGCGGAUCGGGCAAUGCAAAUGAGUAUGUAUCAAGCAUUGCCCUAUUUUGUCGGCGAGGCAGGGCCAGAUCACGUCGACGGCAUUGGCAACUAUAUGUUGAGCGUACGAUCUCAUGACCAAACGAAGACUUCCUUAUUGUCACUCUACUUCCUUGACUCACACACCAAAGAGCCUGGCCUAUUCGGUCGUGGCUACCAAGCCCUCAAGCCAUCGCAACUCUCAUGGUACCGUGAUACAUCUUCGCUCGUCAAAACAAUCAUGCGUCCAUACCGUGCACCAGUCAUGGAGGACUUUCCAACUAUCACGGACGGCCGGCAACGCAAGCGUCGGUCGAGGAUCUCACGCCGGCAGUUUGAUGGCCAGACACUCAAGAAGCCCAACGCGAUGGUCUUCUUUCACAUUCCUCUCAUUGAAGCGUUCGACGAGCCCGACAAGAGCGAGAAUGGAGAGCCACUGAAGAUGGGUGUCCAACUCGAAGGCAGCGGCGCGUCCAAUACGAACUCGCAUUUCCUCACCGAAGCACUGCUCCAGCAGACUGAAUAUGGCUCAAGAGAUGCAGAAGACAUGCAAGACAUUCGAGGCGAUAUUUUGCCGGAAGCAAAGGUGCUUGUACACGGACACGAUCACAUCACUGAGAGAUGUGCACGCAUUAAGCACAUAUGGAUGUGCUUCUCAGGCGGCUCUUCGUACAGUGGCUAUGGCGCUUUCGGAUUCGACAAGCGUGUCCGCGUGUUCGACGUAAGCGACUAUGGGGAAACAAUCAAGACCUGGAAAUUCCUCGAUCUACGCGAGUCGCAAAAGACAGCCGAGCUGACGGGCGUGACCUACGUCUCUGAGAAAGAGAUCGAUGAGCUCGCCUCUGCCGAUAACCGCGAGCACGAGGCGGAAGCAAACGAUGUCAAACUGACCGAUCCGCCGCCAGUCCUGGCAGAGAUCCCCGCUGGCUCGCCCCCCGUCGCCAUAGCGCCCUACACGCCCAACCUGGCCGACGGCACGGUCCAUAUUGCGCCGAACGUGCCCUUACUUGCGGACGAUCAUCUGGACCGGCGCGCAAAGGAAGAGACAAUCAUUGCGUCUGUUCUGGAUGCCUACAAGAAUCUCAAUGGCAGACGGCUCGAUGAGGUGAUUCUAGUGGGCGAGAACGCCGAGCGUCAGCUUGCCAUCAUGUCGAAAACGAAGGACUUGCUGCGAAAGACGCUCCAUAUUGAGCCGACCGAGCCUCAAGAGGCACGAGUCACUCGCGGCGAAUCGAUUGCUAGCCGAGAUGACAUCGACCCUUAUCUCGAGACUGAUCCCACUGUGAGCGGCUGGAUCAAGGACCACACGCCUGGCAAACGCGAAGUCAAAGAGUACAUACUGUCGCUCUUUCCUUUCGUCGAAUGGCUUCCCCGAUACAAUACUACUUGGCUCAUCGGAGAUCUGAUCGCUGGCAUCACUGUCGGCGCCGUCGUCGUGCCUCAGGGCAUGGCAUACGCCAAGCUUGCCCAGCUUCCGGUUCAAUACGGUCUUUACUCCUCGUUCGUCGGUGUCUUGAUCUACUGGUUCUUCGCGACCUCCAAAGAUAUCACGAUCGGACCAGUUGCAGUCAUGUCGCAGCUCGUCGGAAAUAUUGUCAUCCAGGUUCAGCAGACGAGACCCGAUAUCCCAGGCUAUCAGAUCGGAUCUGCGCUUGCUGUUCUCGCGGGCGCAUUCGUAUUCGUGCUCGGCAUCUUACGUCUCGGCUUCAUUGUCGACUUUAUUCCGUUGCCUGCCAUCGCCGCUUUCAUGACAGGUUCGGCGCUCAGUAUCGCCUCUGGCCAGGUCGUCACAAUGAUGGGUCUGUCUGGCGUCGCCAACAGAGGACCAACCUAUCAGAUCGUCAUACACAUCCUCAAGCAUCUCGGCCGCACACAUCUCGAUGCCGCGAUCGGCUUGACUGCAUUGCUGAUGCUGUAUCUGAUCCGCUACUUCGCCGCCUUCAUUGGCCGACGCGCACCGCGCUACCAGCGACUGAUGUUCUUCGUCUCUACGCUGCGCACGGUCUUUGUCAUUCUGCUCUACACUCUCAUCUCUUGGCUCGUCAAUCGCCAUCACAACGCAAAGACGACCGAUCACAAGUGGGCUAUCCUCGGCAGUGUACCCCGAGGCUUCAAGCAAAUGGGUGCGCCCGUCAUGACGCACGAGCUCAUCUCGCUCUUUGCCGAUCAACUACCCGCCACUGUCAUUGUGCUUCUCAUCGAGCAUAUCGCGAUUGCCAAAUCGUUCGGUCGAGUUAACAAUUAUGUCAUCAACCCUUCGCAGGAACUCAUCGCGAUUGGCAUCACAAAUCUCUUCGGUCCCUUCUUCGGCGCUUACCCAGCUACGGGCUCUUUCUCGCGUACUGCCAUCAAGUCGAAAGCAGGCGUCCGCACGCCGCUUGCUGGCCUGAUCACCGCCAUUGUGGUUCUGCUCGCUCUGUACGCCCUUCCGGCAGUCUUCUUCUGGAUUCCCAACGCGGUGCUCGCUGCUGUCAUCAUUCACGCUGUUCUUGAUCUGAUCACGCCUCCCAGCGUUGUCUGGGGCUUCUGGCUUGUCUCGCCUCUCGAGGUGGUUAUCUACUUUGCCGGCGUCCUUGUGACCGUCUUCAGCUCGAUCGAGAACGGCAUCUAUGUCGCCAUUGCUUCUUCGGGCGGUCUUUUGCUCUACCGCAUCGCAAAGGCACACGGUCAGCUGUUGGGUCGUAUCCGCGUGACUACUGUCAACGGUCAGGAUUCACGCAACAUCUACUUGCCCCUCGAUCACGUCGAUGGCUCCAAUCCUGCGGUCGAUCUUGAGGCGCCCGCUCCUGGUGUCUUUGUUUACCGCCUGACAUCCGACUUCCUCUACCCCAAUGGGUAUCAUUACACCGAUGAGCUUCUUGCUCAGAUCUUCAGUCUCACCAAGCGCGCCGAUGUUGGCACAAUCCCAAAGCUUGGCGAUCGCCCUUGGAAUAUGCCUGGCCCGCGUCACAUUGACGAGCAAGCGAUUCGCGAGGACAGUCGUCCUACGCUCAAGGCACUCAUUCUCGACUUUACGAAUGUCACCCACAUUGACGUUACCGCUCUCCAAAUUCUUGUCGACGUUCGCGAUCAGCUCAAUCGCUAUGCUGCGCCCGAGCUUGUGCCGAUUCACUUUGCGUCUGUCAAGUCUCGAUGGGCUAAGCGAGCUCUCGCGGCGUUUGGCUUUGGCAAGCCCUAUAACGAUGACGUUCGCAACGUCUUCAGCAUUAGCGAAGUCGGAACAGCCAAGGGUCAGAAUCUGGGACCUGCAGCCAGUCGACCUCAUGACACUGAGCAAGGCAUCUCGACUAUGCGAGACGAGGCUGUCACUUCCAGAGGCUUGCCAUUGCUGUCUUCUGAUCGACCACUGUUCCAUGCUGAUCUGGAUGAGGCACUUGCCCAAGUCCUCGACAACCUUGGUCUAGCGAACGAUCAGAGUGGAUACGGAGCCGAUUACAAGGAGAAAGAUAUCUCUCCGCCCGAAUCCGCCGCUGGAAUUCACUACUAGAUCCAGCAGCUGUUGCAAUACUAGAUCAUAAAUCCUGGCACCCAUCAAGUCAGAUAACAUACUAGCUCAGCCGGCCUACGCGAGUGAGACUCAUGGCUUUGCACGGGCACCAUCAUACAAGGUAUUCUUGACAAUGUCUUCCGCAUCGUCAGGACUCCGGAAUACACAGAAAGAAAUAAAAGGGUAGAUAGUCGCGGUGAUCAAUGGCAUUGUAAGACCAGAUGCAAACUUGUAGGGUUU